AUGUAUCAGAGAAAUAAGGCUGUCAUCAUACCUGCCGUUUUGACUAUACUGGCGCUUUAUACGCGUUUCAGAGUCAUUGGUUUUGCUAAUUUUGUUGUCUGGGACGAGGCUCAUUUUGGCAAGUUUGGCUCACAUUACUUGAAACAAGAAUUUUAUUUCGAUGUUCAUCCGCCAUUGGGUAAAAUCCUCGUCGGCCUCUCUGGUUUCUUGGCAGGUUAUGAUGGAUCUUUCAAGUUUGAGUCGGGUUCAACAUACCCCGAAGACUUCAACUACACCUUUAUGAGAAUCUUUAAUGCUGCUUGGGGUGCUGCCAUCGUACCUAUUGCUUAUUUCACUGGCAAACAAUUUGGUUACUCUGAGAAAGCUAGCAUUUUGGCUGCCGUUAUGGUCCUUUGUGACACCGCAUACCUCUGUAUCAGCCGCUUCAUCCUGUUGGAUUCCAUGCUUUUGUUCUUUACCGCCACCAGUCUGUUUACACUCACUGGCUUCCAUAACCAAAGAAAUCGUCCUUUCUCUCCUGAUUGGUGGUUGUGGUUGGCAAUGACAGGUUCCUCAUUGGGACUUGUGUCCAGUGUCAAAUGGGUUGGUCUGUUUGCUGUUGCUCUUGUGGGUGUUUAUACUAUCGAAGAUCUAUGGGAAAUGCUCGGUGAUCUACAAAUGCCUAAAUUGACUUACAUCAAGCAUUUUAUGGCCCGCGCCGCCUGUCUAAUUGUUCUCCCAAUGUGCAUUUACAUGCUAUCGUUUAAACUUCAUUUUCUUCUUUUGAGCGGUUCCGGUCCUGGAGAUGCUCAAAUGAGCUCCCUGUUCCAAGCUGGUUUACGAGGCAACACUCUUGGCAACAAUCCUGUCGACCUCGUGUAUGGUUCAAAAUUCACAUUGAAAAGUUAUGGCUAUGGUGGUGGUCUAUUGCACUCCCACGUCCAACGAUACCCUAGCGGGUCCGAACAACAGCAGAUCACUUGCUACCAUCAUAAGGAUGGAAAUAACGACUGGACAAUCACUAAAAAGAGAGUAGAUGGCGUCGUGCCACCCUAUGAAGAUGCACCUUUGGAGACUGUUAAGGAUGGUGAUGUUGUUCGUUUAGUUCACACUAUGACAAAGAGACAGCUUCACAGUCAUCCUAUCAAAGCACCUGUCACAACCUCGCAAUGGGAAGUCAGUGGUUACGGUGACGACGAAGUUGGUGACGACAAUGAUCACUGGAAAGUAGAAAUUGUCAAGGACCUUCAACAUAAUGAUCCCACCCACGUUAGAGCCCUCACGACACUUAUUCGCUUGCGACACUCUCAACUUGGUUGUCUUUUGACUGCCAAUAACGUAAAUCUACCACAGUGGGGUUUCAGACAAAUUGAAGUUGUUUGCGACAAGCGAAAUGAGACUGAUAAUCCUCACACAUGGUGGAAUAUUGAAAACCACGAAAAUGCGAGACUCCCUGCUCCUGAACCAAACACGUACAAGAGCAGCUUCUUGCAUGACUUCAAGCAUCUCAACGUUGCUAUGUGGACUUCCAACAAUGCUCUUGUUCCCGAUCCCGAUAAGGAGGAUGUACUUUCUUCACAGCCAACCGAAUGGCCAUUCACCACUGUUGGUCUUCGCAUGUGUGGUUGGAACGAUGAUGCCGUGAAGUUCUAUCUUAUUGGUAACCCGAUUGUUUGGUGGUCUUCAAUCUUUGCUAUCUUAGGAUCACUGGCUGCUUUUGCUGUUUACGUUAUUCGCAUGCAUCGCCAGAUCAGAGAUCUUGCACCUGCUGAAUGGAGCCGAUUCUACUAUGUUACCAAAACCCUUGUGCUUGGCUGGGGCUUCCACUAUAUGCCAUUCUUCAUUAUGGGACGUGUUACCUAUCUCCAUCACUACUUCCCCGCCGUUUACUUUGGUAUGCUACUGGUACCAUUUUUGGUCGACCACUUCACUGCUAAACUUAACAAGAGAACCCAGCUGUUUAUUUGGUCGGCGAUCUAUAUCUUGGUCAUUGGCGUCUUCCUUCACUUUGCUCCCAUGGCAUACGGAAUGGUUGGCCCUGCCGCCAACUACAGCAGCCGAAAAUGGCGCAAAAGCUGGAAUUUAUAUUAG